AUCGACCGAGACACACCUGCUUUGUUCACACCAUUUGCAUUUUAAUUCAAAGUCAUCUGUCGAGUGAUGGCUGCUCCUUUGUCUGAAGAUGAGAUUCGUCAAAUAACUCUGAACGGUGCGAAUCUCGUUCCUCGCCAAAUCGAACACAAGGACAUUCUGCAUCAGGAAGUUGCAAGAGUGUCCAAUUUAUUCGAUCAACUUUUUUCUACUUUGCGGACAGACAUCACAAACCAACACAGGACGGCCGCUUGUAACCUGCUUUCCAACCUGAUUGAGAAAUGUUCUCAGUCCAGCGAGUCCGAAUUUUCCCUUUUGCUCUGGCAGUCAAAACUUUUCUGGCGCCAUGCUUUCUCGAUCUACCUUGACCAGCAUCACGCCCUCAAUGUCAAGCCGUCACGUUUACUGCUGACCUCUCUGACAUCAGUCCUGGCCAAGUGUCAGGACAAAGCAUUAUGCGAGUCCGAAAAGGCCCAAAUGCUGGAGCUGUUAGUCCAACACAUCGUGGCUCCUUCAGAGAAUGCCCCUACCAGACCCGCCAUGCUAGUCCUGGCCCAUUGGCUCUCCAAGAACAUGGUACAUGUCGAGCAGUUGUGCAACUCUUUUGGCAGAUUCUCGAGCCUACAUGAUCAUGCCACCAUGGCAAUCAAAGAUGUGCUUGCCAUUGUCUUGACUCUCGCGCCUUACGAGGAGUUUGCCCCUGCCGCCGGCUCGUUGGCAGCUUUGAUACUCCAGAAGGCUCAAAGUACCGACCAAAAUGCAUCACUUCUUGUUUUUGGAACUCAGAACACGUCGCUAUGGUCUGCUACAGUCCUAGACAUUCUUAAACAGAAGCCUCGUUCUCUUGACAACUUCCGCCACUUUGUGUUCCCUGAAAUCUUCCAAUACGAUAGGCCGAGCUUCAUCGCUUUCCUGGACCAACUAGAUAUCCGCAGUAUUCUGGGGUCAAGCCAGAAUACCCCGGUCUCCUUACCCCUUCCAGCAGCUCAGUGUGAGGAGACCUUAUUUUGUGCUUUGUCCGUGGGUAACAAGCUUGGAUUGGUCAAAGUCGCAGAUGUUGGUCGAGAUGCCGAUAACAUUGAGCUGUUCAUCGAGAAGCAAGUUCUAUACAUUCCCGAUGUUUUGCUUGGAGACUUACUAUUACGCACAUCUGAUGCUGUGAGAAUUGCUGGUCUCGCUAUGCUCACAAAUACCACAACAACCACUCAGCCAUUAUCUUCAGGAACAAUGGACGCCUUGAAAAAAGGCUUACCAUUCCUUCACGCGGAUGCAGAUGCGGGUUUCCGAAGUGAGCUCUUCAGCUUGAUCAAACAUCUCAUGGAGCGUAUCAAAUCUGCGACAGCAAAUCUUGCUAAGCCUCAAUCAAAAGCGAAGGCUAAUGGGUCUGGGCACACCUCUGCCCAGUCUCAGUCCAAGUCUGGCGUUGGGCUUGAUACUGUGACAGCUCACAGAUCCUUCGUCGAGUGGUAUGUCUCAUUCCUGAAGGCUGAGAUGCGGCCAACAGCCAGUUAUCAAAGGCAUGUAUCGGCACUCAGAUGCAUUAUGAUCAUCGCUAAAUCUGGGGUCGAUCCUCGAAUUGUCAUCCCUAUUCACUCAAGAUCGGGCGGAUUUGCAGUGUCAUGGCCUUUCGAGUUGGAUGUGGUUGACGACGAGAUGACUGAUUUGCUAACUGGACUACUUCUCAACGCUUACGACGACGUCAGAUCUACAGCUGCAGAGAUACUGAACCUCACAGAAAACGUGUCGCAAUCGCAACGUAAGGCAAUAUCGACGCCUGUGUUGGUCAAUAGCCUAGCGCAAGCUCAGAAUAUGAUGAUGCGCAGCGGACGUGCAGAUCAUGCAGACGGAGUUGCACAUCUCUACAGCUCACUGUUCCGCCAAUGUGCAAAUCUGAUUAGCGAUGAUGAGCGGUGGUGGGCAUCAAGAUGUCAAGUCUUGGAGUACCUUGUUCACACCAUUGAACAGACUAUACAGGUUGCCAACGCGGAUAUUGCCCAGGCAGUGAGCAGAAACCCUCUGCAUGGUUUGUUCACCAGUCUCAGGUACAUCGUGGAGAAGUCUGGGUUCUAUCAGACCAUGUCUACCAACGUCGAUGCGUUUUCUCAUCUCCAAACACUUUACAAACGACUCUACCAUAUCUUCCGACAAAUUUGGAGUUGUGUACACGACACACUAUGCAACGAUACCACCGAGGGUGUUGCCGCAGAAGAGCCUGAGGAGGAAGAGAUCGGAACAAAGGAUGUUCUGAGCUAUUCCUGGCGAGCACUUAAGGAAUCUAGUCUCCUCUUGAGAGCGAUUGUGAAAAGCUGCCCUUUGACCUCAACCGACGAAGCUCUUCUGUCACCCGAGCAACUUCGCCAGCUUGGUGAUCUAACGUUCACACAGCUUGCUGAGCUGCGUCAUCGUGGAGCUUUCUCCACGGUCGCCCAAACGUUCGUCGUCUGCUGUAUACGCUCCAACAAUAGUACAGACGGUGUCAGCUCCACGCUCGAGGACUGGUACAAGCGUGCAAUUUUGUGUAUCAAAAAUCAAACUGCGAUAAACACCCGUCGUUCAGCUGGAUUGCCGUCGUUGAUGAUCGGUAUCGUAGUUGCAGAUAGUAAAGGACUCUUGUUUGGCAGGGCUAUGUCAGAGUUGACUAUUGAGGGUACAAGACCGGUAGAUCAAACCGCCGAAACUGCAGGCGGCCUAUCUCAAGUCCAUGCUCUGAAUUGCAUAAAGGAUAUCUUCAAAAACUCGAAGUUGGGCGAACGAUCCGAAGCUUACGUCCCACAAGCACUCGGUCUUGCGGCCAAGUGUUUAUCUUCAGAUACAUGGGCCGUUCGCAACUCCGGCUUGAUGCUUUUCCGAGCUCUUAUGGACAGACUCGUUGGUACCAAUGAGGCGUAUACUGAUGAAGUCACUCAUACCCAGAGUCGAUUGUCAGAUGAUGCGAUCACGAGCCUGAUGAAAGCCGUUCUACAGUUGCUUGGUCCGGCUGAUGUUGAUGUCAACCAAGUCAAGGCUGAAGUGGUCUUUCCCGCUUUACAGCUACUCCAACGCGUCCAGCCGCCCUCUAACCUGGCGGAAGAAAUUCAACAGUCAGUGUUGAGGCUUACAUCGAACAGGCAAUGGCAUGUUCGUGACAAAGCGGCCAAGACCUACGCUGUCUUGGUACCUGCCCAGAAUCGAGCAAGUCGCAUUGGGGAACUCGUCCGAAGGGAGGCGCGUACUCAAAACGAGGCACAUGGACUCUUACUUACAGCGAGGUAUCUCAUUGGAAGACACGGAAAACGGUUCACCACCCAAGAUAUGGACACUUUGGUUCAGAUUCUUCAAUCGCGUAUUGACGAUCUCCUCUAUGGUAGCGCCUGUCCGUUUACCCAAGCAGCGUUUGUUGACGUGCAGGCCUCGUUCUUCUACGCCGCCAUUCAAAAGCAACGAUACCUGUUUGUUCCAGGCACUCGAUGGGCAAGUACGGAGGAUAUGAACAUUCUACUGAAUCUUCCUCGAGAUCACUUUGCAGCAUGUUCAUUCUUGAGACAGUCUCUCGCGCUGUCAUUGAUUCACGAGCAUGCAUUGUUCACUGGACCAUCGAAGUCUAAUACAUCAGCCGACCUGACAGCCCGUGUCGAUACAUUUUCUCUGCUUGCAACUCGUGACCCUGAUGCUUGUACGUCUGCACUACGCGAGACUGCCCGCCUCGGAGCUACCAACCACGUCUAUGCUGCUCAGACCACGGAGCUUCUAGUCGCAGUUGCCGCUAAGCUGCUGCACGACGAUGACGUAGAUAUUGAGGUUCAAGAUGCUGCGCAAGAGGUCCUCGUGAGCUUCUUCUCGCAAGGUGCUGCAGACGAUGUCAAAAAGACCUUCUUGGUCAACCUCAGAACAUCAUAUCUCCCCUCCAAUGCUGCGACACCCCUGUUCGGCGACAAGCGACUCAUCCUACAAGGAGCGUUGCUUAAUCUUCGUGCUGAGGACGAGUCAUUGAGAAACGAGCCGCUUGCAAGAGAUUUUGGUGCAUGGGUUGUUCAGGUCCAUGGCGCUCUGCGAGUUAUCAACCCAUUCGAUACGAGAUAUGCCGCAGUAGUGGCAACUCGGCAGUUCUCAGAGGAAGCUCUCGCCUACCUCAGCUCGAGCGACCUAGAUGACUCCUUCCUCGCCUUCUGUCUCGCUGUCUACGACCUUUGCAAUGAUGAUGAUGUUGAGAUCAGGACGUUUUCCGCUCCCGUUGCUACCAAGAUUCUGAACGCUCGGAGUGCGAAGAAGCACCUGGAUAUGGUUCCACUUGCCGCCAACCAAGGCAUAGCAGAGUUCAUUGCUGCAGCCUUCGGCUCUUCCGAACGCGCUGCUUUAUCAGCAAUCAGCAGAGCCACUGGAAAUGCUGUAAAUGGCUCCUUCCCUGAUUCGAUCAAACAGUCUCUCGCAGAGAAGAAUGGUGCAGGUCCAUCGCUUUUCGCUCAAGAGAAGCAAAAUCUCUUCAUUGACGAAACCCGAGAGGCCAAACUCUGGUCAUCUAUCGCAGCUCGACUCCAGCCUACAGCAUUCUCGUUCCGCUUGCUCAUGAAUCUUUGCACAUGGGUCAUCGACGGUCUGGACGUACUGAUUGCAGAAACCGAGGCAAGACCGGACCAACCACUUGGCUGGAGCAGGAAAGCCGAGGUAUUUACUCUGGGCAUGCAGAUCUUGUACGCCGCUGAGCUAGUGUUGAAGUUGAUCAAGAGUGGUGUUGAGAUGCCUGUUGAUAGCAGAGCAGUGAUGAAGAGACUUGAGACGCUGUUGAGUAGAGGUCAAGAGAACAAGAUCAAUGUUCUGUGGCUGCAAACCCUGAGGGAGAUGUUGGAGCAGCGGGCAUAAGAGUCGCAAUAGGUCGUACUCACUACAUUCUCAAUGCUAUCUUGACUGGUGUGACGCGAAUUGAUGCACAGUUUUCCGCGUCUUCCAAUUCUUUCUGACAAGAAGAAUGACUGCGAACGUUAGAUGCAAGAGAACGGACAUUUAGAUCGUGCGUCAGUAUCUCGAUUAUAUCGCAUGUAGCAGUGGUUGCUCGACCGACAGCAUAACCAAUUUUCCACUCACCAACUUGGUCUUCAG